AUGGUGGGAGAAUCAACUUCAACCGCCAAAGACCCUUUCUCUCUGCCUCCUUUGGUUGCACCAAACCUUCCGGAUUGGAACAACAAACAGGAAGAACAUGAUUACUUAAAGAAGGACAAAAAUUAUGAGGCAGAGAAGUCUGUGCGCAAGGCAAAUGAAGCAGCUCUUUGCGCAAUGUUGAAACGCCACUGCUCCGCAGUAUUCCUGAGCGCUGCUGAGAGCCAUCCAAAGUGGAGCACUGUCAUCGCGAACAACAGCUCAAUGGACAUGCUCAAGGUCUUCCAGAUCGUGGCGGCCACAGGCGGAUCCACCAACGUUGAUCCAACCAUGAUGGGUGUCGAAGCUCAAAGAAAGGCUUACACCUGCAAGCAAAAGGAGGAAAACCAGACCAAUGCAGAAUACCUCCAAGUCUUCAUGCAGCUUUCCAAUACGGCCAGAUUCUGCGACUGCCCCAUGGGAGCCUCUUUAUCCAGGCUCAUCCAAGAGACCGGCAAAUCGGACCCAACAAUGGCUGAACUGAGAGCGGUAGAAGAGAAGAUUGUGGAGAAGGAGAUGGCAAUGGCUUUUCUCCUCGGAGCCAACAGAAAGCGGUAUGGGGGCCUUAUUGCCCAGGCCAACAAUGCAAGACUGUUCAGCGGAAGCGACACGUUUCCCACCACCAUGUCAGGAGCUAUCGAAUUGCUCAACAACAGCAGGCCACUUGUUACCUCGUAUCAUUCAAGCAUCCGCAGCUCGGAAAUUGGUGUGUCAUUCCUUGCCGAUGGCCAACCAUCCACUGAGAGCGGGGCGGGCGGUCGCGGCGGCGGUCCCAACAGAAGAAGCGGCGGGCCCAUCACGUAA